AAUCAAUACGACAUUAGUCCAGAAUGCGCUUCUGUUCAAUUGUCUGCGCUGUAUCUCUCAGCGCGAGCAUUCAGCUCCUCAUCUCGUUCUUUGUCAUAAUCCUCGUCUCCAUCAUCUGGAACCGCCGUGAUGACCCGAGGAUCUCCCCCCAAGAGAUGGCCAGCCUCCCCACGCCGGCUCCUGCAUCUUCUCCCGCGAUCUCUCCCCCUCCGAGCCACCCAGAGCAGCCGGAUCAGGUGAAGGAAGAGGAGGAGAAGGAGGAAUACCCCGUCGCACGACUUCCAUACAAAGAAGACACAAUCGUCACCCUCGUCAGCGAUAUCUACCGCAUCUACGUCCAACUGGGUUACAUGAACAACCGCGCUGACGGCAUGGAGGAACUAGCCUGGCCCCCACCCGGGGGCCAUGCCAUCAACGAGGCCAUCUGCCAAGAGCUCAACCUCAGUCCCAAGGUGAUCUCCUUGAUGCGACGACUUCCAUAUCCGGUCUCUUACCACAUCGCGGCCGAUCUCCCCUUCAAAGAGUGGUCCACGGCAUUCGCGUACAUUGAGGACCGGCAGAUUCGCGACGGUCGCGACCCGGGUCGCUGGAUCUUCGAUGAGCCGCGAACCGACUUCCUUCUCCCGCACGAGAUCGCUCUCGCCGGCGCGGAUGAUGAAGGGAUCCACCUGAUCCUGGACACGGACGAAAUACAGAUACGAUCCGAGCGGUUGAUUGGCAACAGUUGGAGGAUGAGGACGGCCAUGCCGACUUUCGAGGGCUUCCGGCCCAGCAUGCGCCAACAUUCUUGGCGGAGUAUGUGGACAAGCUCAGAUCGUUGGAGAUUAUCCCGGGGGGUCAGGGGAGUUGCGUCGGUUUUUAUGAAAAGGAGUAUCACAGUGCGCACCCGAUGAUCAAAAAAGUCCUGCAGGAGCAGUACGGCUGGCCGUAUGAUUUCCGUGAGACGGAGUGGAAGGCCGCAGCCAGAGACACCUUAAAGCGCCUGGGACAGUUGUAUCCGUCCUAGUGCGUCGCGGCUAGGAUAGAAUGAGAAUGCAUGGUCGUGAAAGCAAGCCGUCAGAAAGAGUCCCCGUGGUGCUCAGAGUCUUGACCCAUAUAGGUCGAUCGAUGACGCUUAGCUUGAAUACCUACUCUACUUACUCAGCUCCAAGGUGUUGGACACGAGGUGUGAUCGGUUUGAAAUUGUUCAGGGCUUCAUUCCCAAGUACACGAGAGUUCAUUAACCGCUCCCCCUCCUCCUCCUCCUCCUCCUCAAUAUUGGCCUUUUUAUAGUCACAACCUAUAUUAUCAGCGCGGGGGGGUUUGCUCACGGAAGCACGUAUGCAAG